AUGAUAUAUGUUGUUGAGUUCCAGAAACGGGGGUUGCCGCACGCUCAUUUCCUUGUUAUCCUUAAACCCAAUUCUAAGAUUAGAAGCCCUGCUGACUUUGAUAAGUUUGUUUCUGCUGAGAUCCCUCCUCUUGCCAACCCUCACUUGAGGAAGAUUGUUCUUCAACACAUGAUGCAUGGCCCAUGUGGACAACUGAACCCUGAUUGUGCGUGCAUGAAACGGAAAGGUAAUGAGGGGCACUGCAAGUAUGGAUAUCCGAAAAAAUUUGCUGCCGAGACAACUAACAGCAGCGAUGGAUACCCACUUUAUAAAAGGAUAGAUACUGGAGAAAGUGUUUGUAUUCGCAGGGUUAAUAUGGAUAACAGGUCAGUUAUUCCGUAUAACCCGUACCUAUCAUCACUUUUUGAUUGCCACUUAAACGUUGAGGUUUGUUCGACCAUAAUGGCAGUCAAAUACCUGUACAAAUAUGUGUACAAGGGCCAUGACAGGAUCUCAUUCAACGUGCAGGAUGGUAGCACUGCUAUUGUUGAUGAGAUACAACAGUACCAGGCUGGGAGGUGGGUUUCCCCGUGUGAGGCAGCAUGGAGAAUUUUCGGGUUCGAUCUGUUUGAGAUGUUUCCAUCGGUGUUGCCUCUGCAAAUACAUCUGCCUAACUUGCAGACAAUCCAGGUAAUGCCUCAUGAGAAUUUAGACGAGAUCAUUUUAAAUGAUAAAAGAUCUCGAACUCAACUUACAGAAUUCUUUAGGAUGAAUGCUGCCACACCUGAUGGAACGGGCUAUACAUAUGCAGAAUUUCCAGAGCAUUAUAAGUGGGAGGGUAAAGAAUGGAGAAAAAGAAGCAACAAGACCGUUGUUGUUGGCAGGCUCACUUUUGUAGCACCUGCUGAAGGGGAACGUUACUUCCUCAGAUUAUUACUGAUGCAUGUGGAUAGCCCGCGAUCCUUUGAUCAUCUCCGAACUGUUGAUGGAUAUAAGUGUGCCACUUUUCAGGAGACAGCUCUGCGGCUGAAAUUGCUAGAGGAAGACAACGCUGUCGACUUGUGCUUAGCUGAAGCGUGUGAAGUGCAAAUGCCGACUGCAUUCCGACAGCUCUUUUCAACAGUGCUGAUCUUCUGCCAGCCAAGUGACCCCAAUGCCCUCUGGUUAAAAUACUACGACGCUCUCUCUGAAGAUUAUAGGCACCAGUAUCCGAGUUCUGAUAGCAGGUCAAGGGAGCUCACUGUUAGAUCUGUUGAGAAAUCUCUUGAAGCAAUGGGGAAAUCAUUUAGAGACUUUGGCCUACAACAUUUAAAUGAUUUUCAAGAUGAAGAGUUCAGGCGAACAAAAGACAUUAUCGAUGCACUUGAUGCACCGAUACCUCGGGACUGUAUUGAUGCCCGUAACACAUUAAACCAAGCACAGCAGGAGGCAUUUGACAGCAUUAUUGACCACGUUCUUAAAGGGAAACCUGGUGCAUUCUUCAUAGACGGGCCCGGAGGAACAGGUAAAACCUUCCUAUACAAUGCUCUCUAUGCAGAGGUUCGUUUGAUGAACAAGAUUGUCCUACCAACUGCGACAUCUGGAAUUGCAGCAUCAAAUAUACCUUCUGGGAGGACUGCUCACUCUCGGUUUAAAAUACCGAUAGAUUCUGAUGCUUCCCUUGCUUGCGAUGUUCCUAAACAGGGCAGUCUUGCAUGUUUACUAAAAGAGACAUCGUUGAUUAUUUGGGACGAAGCUUCAAUGGCAAGGAAAGAAAAUGUUGAGUCAUUAGACAUGCUUCUACGAGACUUGUGUGAUGAGAAUACCCUUUUUGGUGGCAAGCUUGUGGUUUUUGGUGGCGACUUCCGUCAGGUCCUGCCCGUCCUACCCCGCAAAACACAGCGAGAAGCUGUUGCUGCUAGCUUAGUGAGUUCUGUUCUUUGGCCUUGGUUCAUUAGGUUCAAUCUCACUGAAAAUGUUCGGGCAAGAGAAGAUCCCUACUUUUCUGCGUUUUUGCUUUCUCUUGGAAAUGGUGAGCUGCAAACCGGCGAGAAUGACCUUGUGCAAUUGCCAAUGCAGAUAGUACACCCAUCUGAGGUCGCUUCUGAUCCUAUUGCCGAACUUACUGCAAUUGCAUUUCCCGAGGUAGAUGUUUGCAGGUCCACCCCAGGCAAUUUCACAACAACGGCUAUACUGACCCCCCUGAAUGAAGAUGUUGAUGAUAUCAAUGCUACCCUGAUAGACAAAUUCCCUGGAGAAUCUGUUAUGUACAGGAGUUUUGAUACAGUUCUUGAUGAUAAUAGCGCGAUCUAUCCUCCUGAAUUUAUACACACCCUCUGCCCAGGUGGAAUGAGCCCAUACAAGCUCGUCUUGAAGAAAAAUUGUCCAGUUCUUCUGCUUCGCAAUAUCCUGCCUUCGUCUGGCCUGUGCAAUGGGACACGUAUGAUAUGCAAGAAUUUCUACCCGAAUCUGAUUGAAUGCAUGAUCACGACUGGGCAGCACAGCGGAAGCCAUGUUUUUAUACCCCGAAUUAGGCUUCGGCCGUCUGCAUCUUCCAAUUAUCCUUUCCAAUUUCAGAGGAAACAAUUCCCUAUAAAACUAAGCUUUGCAAUGACGAUAAACAAGUCACAAGGGCAAACACUAAGCCAAGUCUCCAUCUAUCUUCCCCAGCCGUGUUUCUCCCAUGGUCAGCUUUAUGUGGCAUUGUCUCGUGCUAGAAAAGCAUGUAACGUCAAAGUUGUUUCAAAACAAUCUCCGGGACACCAACCUGAGCACCAUGUUAGAAAUGUCAUCUCUUAUGAUGUGCUUAGAUUAGCCGCUUGCUUUGUUAUUAUUCUUGUACGGCUUACUGUAACCAAACAUGUUCAUGCCAUGCAGUUGUUGCUCCUUUUUGUGCCUUUUGGUUUGUGCUGCAAAUAUGCCCGUGAAAAACAGCCCACCUGUGUAGAAAAUCAUGCAAGCACAUGCAUUCUAAUGUCAUCUGCAGAUCAAGAAAUUUUUGGUGUUCAUAUAUGCCAAGUGAGGGCUCUGAUAGCUCAUACAACCUCAUAUUAUUCUUUCUUAUUUUGUGAGUCCCUUUGUGUUCUACUCUCAUUAUUAAAGCACCUAAGCUCAAGCGAUUGGGUGACACUAAAACCAGUGUUAUUAGGUCGUUUAAAUGCAAGUCCUUAA